CCAGGUCGGAGUAGGACGCCGUACUAAAAGAAUAUGUAGUGCAGUCCUGUCUCAUCAGCAUGGAGACUAGUUAAUUAGUAUGGUAAAUAGUGAUUGUUUUUUGUGCGGAUUUAAAUAUUUUAUGAUUAGGCUUUCGAAAUUUCUGAAAUCUGAUUCUAUCUGAUCGAAGACGUCGUCCCACCCUUUGGGAACAAUGAUCCUUGAGAUCGAAGUCUAUCGCGUCUGUUUCAGGCUCGCUUUCAUUGACUCACAGGAUUGUUAAGACAUUCGGCCCAUCCCGACAUCAAAAAUGAGCGAAUUUUUCAAAGGAGGUAACCGCGAGAUCCUCGCAGCAGUGGAAGCUUUCGAUAAUUCGAGUGACUUUGGGAAGCUUCGCACGGCCGUCACCGGCUGCACCUAUGAUGGACGUUACAUGAUUACAAGUGUCUUAGCGGCAUUCCGAGAAAGACACGCUGUGUUCGAAAUGGCUGACGUUUUCUCAGGUGAACGAAAAUGGCUCCGAUACGUAUGGGUAUUCGGAAUUGUAGCAUAGCAUCUUCACCAGGGUUCAGCAUGAACUCGACUGGGGAAGUUUUUCUACUUCAGUAGUAGAUCCCGCGGAACCAACUACUGUUGGUUUCAAGUGACCUGCUUUUCAUUCUUCAUGUUGAUGGUUGUCGAGCAUUUCUUUGUUCAUCGAUUUAGAUUUAGAAACUUGAACUUCAACUACCUCCACUUAUUUCCUUUGUUUCAGGUAAAUCCCGUGGACCGCGAUAUGACCAUGCGGGAGUUCUAUGUGUUACGCAACAUCACUGGGGUCCGGUGCUUUCCUCGGCUCGAGCACACCGCUAUCGAGGGUCGCUUCGUUAUCAGCGUCUAUGAUGCUCUUCCUGGCGGCGCCCGGACGCUUGCGAAAGAACUUGAGGGACCAGGUGAGAUAAAUUUGUUUCUGCAUUUUCUGUCAGGAAAUAUACAACAUUAAGAUUAACGAAGACGCACUUCAAUACUAAGGGAGGUUUGUUCAAAAAAGUAGAAGCAUGUUGAUAAAUGGCUCUGAGGAGGCUGGUGGAGUAAUCGAUUGGCUGCCUCUUCAGGUGGUCGCGAGCAGUCAAUUUCAAUUUUCAAGCUGAUGCAGAUUGCGAUCGCGAUUUUCGAAGCAGUGCUUGAGCUUCAAGCAGCUGGUUGCUGCCUGCUCGAUCUGCGCUUCGAGAACAUUUGGCUAUCGAAUCGGACUGCCAAACCAGACGAUCUGCGCGCGAACAAGGAGUAUUUACGGGCGCUGCGCGAAGAGCUUACCACAGAUAUGGAUGUGAAAGCUAAGACACCAGUCGAUACAGGGCUGAAGCCGGAUCCGCUUCCGCUGGCUUCUUACGGACUCAGCACUCCGGGUCAUACCAAAACGGGCGGUACCGCAGCAGCGCGCGCUUCGGGUGCGACUCCCUUAGGGUCGCCUAAUGACGACGCCAACCCGCGACAGAGGCAGCAAAUGCGCCUAGGCUUAAACCAGUUUCGGGAGACGCUCCAAGUGCAUUUCAUGGAACUGGAAAAUCUGUACAUUUUUCCAGGCAAGCGGCGCGCGCGUUUCACGAGAGGGCUGUCGCCGUGGUUUGCGCAGCGCGUUCCACUCUUCAGCAAAUUUUACGGCUUGAUGGCGGCAGAUCGUAUGCUGGAGACGAAGCAUAAGCGCUGGAUGGACGUGCAUCUCUACAAACUCCGGGAGUUGGGUUUGCUGGCGCACCCCGAGUUGAUUCGGGCGACGGCGCGAAGAAAAGCGCCAAAAGCAUGGGAACACCCGAUCCCCCACUGUGCUCUGCCGCCUGAGAAGCAGACAUUUGAAAAGAACGCGCCCCAUGUAUCGCAGACAACCGGCGAACUCCCCGACGAGGAUCCUGACGCCCAGCCAGCCAUUGAAAAUGGUAAGAAGAAGAACGGGGGUGCUGGAAGUGGUGCAGCAUCGGCAGCAGGUAGUGGGGACUCGCGACUACCGAGGGCUACGGCUAGUCGAGGAGCCGCUGUUGCUGCACCUGGCGAUGACCCAAUGUCUACCAGCAUCUCGUCUUCUUCCGGUACGCUGGGAGGCCUUGGACUCAGCGGAAAGAAGGAGCCCAACGAGGACCCCUUUCCAAGAAAUCGCGCGUUGCUUGAGGCUGCGCAGCGAUGGGCCUUGGGCCGCGUGCUGACAAAGCUGCUAGGAAGUGUCAAUGCAGAACAGGCACCGCGACCGAAAAGGACACUGCAUUCGAGCGGAGCGGACACGAGCCCUGCUAAAUUGAUGUCGCCAGGAAAAAAAGGCUCAGAAGCUGCUGAAUCUUCUGCGGAGUUGCGAUUGACCGAUUCUCAGAAGAUAUUCUCUCCGUCGAAAGCGGAUUUCUCAUCCCCGUCUCGCAAGUGCAUCGGGAAAGCGGUUUACCUGCUUGAAGAGACGUCUACAAGUGCGGACGAGACUGUGUCGCAUUAUCCGCGACCUGAAACGGCGGAUACCAUAAUGCGAAGCUCAGCCGGUAUGGCCUCCACAGCCAACAUAGACCGUGUUCUUGCUGGACAAGAUACGGAGCUGCAGCCCGGGGGCGAGGGCGGAGAUCUGAAUGCUAGUCAAGCAGGAACUGCAAAAGAAGAAGAGGAGGAAGCGCUUCGCAUUGGUGUCGAGGAGUUUAUGGAAGGGCGUGACAGUUACGGUUCACCGACAUCGCCUGCUCGGAAGGGCAGAAGGCGAUCUUCGGGACGAGACGUCAUGUUGGUCGGGUCUCCAGACAAGCCAUCUGACUUUCAUGGUGACUCUCUGCUGGCAGAUGACUUUUACGAAGGAGGUGAUUCGGCGCCAGGCGCUGAUGUUAUGUCUCGAGUAGAGUCCGUUGGCCUUGAACUCGAGGAAAUCGAGCAGUUGGUGAAAGAGGCCUACAUCAAUGGCGCGGAGGCGAAAGCAGCUGCUGACAGGGCUGCUGAAGCCGCAGCGGCACCAUCUGCGGGAAGAAAAGCGAAGCCGCCAGUCUACAAAAACGGUGUGGCUCUUUCAGGCGCUUACGCGCAAUACUUCGAGAUGUGGGCGCGAUGGGUGCAGCGCGGUCUUCCAGAGGAUGGAGAUACAGUGAAGCGACUCCGCAUGACGUUGGCGCCAAUCAUUGCGACCAAGACGGCAGUUCACACAGCAGAAAGUGAGUUCACUGUUCUGGAAGACGUAACAUUUACUCUAGUUGUGAUGUUAGAGCUAGAAUUGCUCGUUUUCGGUUUGCGACUCUAAUGCUGAAUGCACAUCGAGCUCGAAUUUUUUUAGUAUGUUAUACUAGACCUGAAAAGCACCCGGUUGUUCUCGGUAGCACCUCUCCCACUAGAAUCCCCCACCCUCUCCCUCUGCAUGCACUUCCCGCGCCAGGGCGUGCCUCCGCUUCCCCGGCUCCUUCCCCGCGCGACAACCGUCUGGCGGGAUUGAUCGGUGGAACCGCACAAGAGCCGGGCCUGGGGAGGCGUGCGGCCAUUGAAAAGGCACGCCUCGAAAUGGUAGGCCCGGGAGUUUCCUGGUGCUGGUCUUUUUGUUAGGUUUGGCCAUCUUUGCGCAGAAGCUGAAGCUUUUAAGUUUCAAACUUUUAGAAUUCGCAUUCUUUGAAUAAAAUUAGAAAUUUCGCAUCUAAUUUUUUUGAAGUUUAGUCUUCUUCAACAAAAUCAAAAAUUUUCUCAUUUUAUAACUUCAAAACUUAAAGUUUCAAUUUGGAACUUUCAAAGUCGCAACAUUUUUGAUUUUAUCGACCAAAAAAGCGAUUUAAGUGCCAGGGUGCAACGUUUCAGGCUUCAAGCUGAAGACUUGAAGCCUCGAGGCCGUAGCUCUUACCUUUAGAAGUUGUCUACAAGUAUGCCGUGCCAUGCUCACGGGUUUGCGGGGAAGUUAUAUAUUAUACCAGAGUAGUUUAUAGCACGCAUGGUGCAUGGAGUAGCAUGGAGCGCAUGGAGCGCAGAGCUUUAAGGGGCGCAAGAGGCUCCCCCUUUAGCUCCAUGCUACUCCAUGUGAUCCAUGCACUCCAUGCCAUGCGAGCUGUGAAACCUUAUAAAUUGCUCUGUUAUACACAAUACAAGGAUACCCUGCCACGCUCGUGGGUUCGUGUUGAUGGGUUCAUGGCUUGUUCCUUGGUUCGUUUGUUGAUAAGACAAGAAAGUGGAAAAAUUUUCUACGGGGGUCGCGUGUUUUUGCUUCGAGUGUUUUUGGUUCGGGUGUGUGUGGUUGAGAGAUUGGAGGAGACGUUGUUGCUUUUUUUUUUGCUCUUAAUAUUUUCGCGUACUCGUUGUAGGUGCGUAGUCGUAGUGCUUUGCUUUUCACUUGUUCAUCAGGUAAUCCCGCUGUUGUUGCAGGUUGGGUAUCACAGGAAUCCAGCCACGCUAGCGGACGCCUGGAACGCACUGCGGCGGCGCAUUGAUUUGUCACUGGUCGAGGACCGAUUCUACUCUAUGCCGAAGCUAGGCGGCAAUUCAGUGUUUGAUUUGAACGACAUGGUCAUUUCCUCCGCGCACGCGUGGCGGCUCGUGGAGUUAUGCCAGUUGGUGGUAGAGUCCAAAGCUAAGAUCAAGUUGCGCAAUUUUGCGACGCCGCUGAGUACCUUACGACGGAACGAGCCGGCGGGAGUUCAAACACGCAGACGCGAACUAGAUACACCGUUCACAUCGUCGUUUACGGUGGACCUGCCGGAUGUGUCGGAUCCCGAGAAAUCUGACGCAGGAAGCCAACACGAGGACAACGCUACAGAUGGCGAAGCUGGAGGUGUGCACGGGGAGGACAACGAGGAUGUGCUGCAUGCAAAUAGCAGAGGCGUGCAAAACUUGGUGCGCUUCGAGUAUCCAGCAAGUCCCGCUAAGAGGCAACCGCCGAGUCUUGGGACAGCUGAGCAACAAAUCCUGUGUCGCUACAUGCUCGGCAACUCGCGGGAUCAGCGCUUCAUCCUGAUGAAGUUCAAGAGCAAGGGAGGUGGCCGAUCCGAGAACGCGUGUCGGAUGGAUGGCACAAUCAUGAUUCAAGGAGACAAGCACGACAGCGGAAACGGGCAGCUCAAGGCCAUUCGAGAGGAAGGCCUCGACUUUGGUGAAGAUGCGAGCCCGAGCGCAGGUAUAGGAAGACGACCACCAAGUCCCAGCAAGCCGCCAGAUGGUAACACGCCAGCCGGUUCAGUCGCGGAUGGGGGCGACGGCCUAGGCGAUAGCGUGCGUCCGCCGAGUGAGCAACCCAGCGCGCGCGGCAGCAAUCGCCUCUCAGCAUCAGCGAGUGCAAGCGAGUUAGACAUGGCGGCCAUUCGCGAAGCAGCCAAAGACGAGCGUCGCCUCUUUCCUGAACUAGCAGCGUAUGACACCACUGGAGAGCUCUUUCUGGCUGAGCAGAGACGCAAGAGCAAAAUUGUGGGCACCGAAUACAUCUACAUUCCGCGAAGCGAGAAGACUGUUGUUGAUUGGGAGACGGACGCGUUGACCUCUAACACAGGAUUUCUCUACGCGAAUCUCUGCGAGUACCUGGUUCUGCAUGGAAAGCUCCAGGAUCCGUUGGGCUCGAUGGAGCGAUUCCGCAUGGAUUUGCAUACUACGGCGAGCAGUAUCGGGACUAAGUUGCGCUUUCUGUCGCUGAAAAACCUGAAAUGUUUCGACAAGGGAGCGCUAGAAGUCCUGCAGGCCACUAGCGGCGUCAUUGAGUUCCUCGACCUCUCUGGGAACUGCCUGUCAGAUCAGCUGCUGGCAGAAAUGAACACCAGAUUGCAUGGGUUUCAGAAGUCCAGACUCAAAUGCCUUCUCUUGCGUGAUAAUUCUUUCACGGUCGCUGGGGCGCAGACAAUACUGUCGAUGCUCGAGGCACUGGGUGACAAGCAGGUCUUAGAAGUUCUCGACCUCGCGGAAAAUUGCUGUGCUGGAAUCGGAGUGCAUCUGUCAAGAUUCUACCGAAAACACAAAGAUACAACAAGGUACCACGAUCAUUUCGGGAGAUAUCUGCACAUGCUUUGCAUGUUUUGCUGGAUAAUAUUUUCCGCCGACACUUAAAGAUUGAUAGAAGAAGAUGCAGAUCGUUUGCUAUACCUAGUACUUUUAAAUUUGAUGAAUGAGAAUGACAAACGGCACAACUGAUUACAUCUUUCACUUUUACCUUGUUUUUCAACACCAGCCUCCAUACGAUUUCGCUCCGAGAUAACGGCCUGAUGUCUGAGGAUGCAAUAGAACUCUCGGAUGCCAUGUCCCAGAAAGCGCAGACGAGCACGCCGCUAAGCUUAAAUCUUGAAGGAAAUCGUUUCGGGCGUGCAGGCCUCGUUGCGCUACUGCAGCAGUCAGAGGUGGGUCGAAUCAACUUGCGGGGCAUUGGCGAAAACGAGGGUUCGCUGGCGAAGCUCAUAGCAGAGCUUUUUAACCCACAGACGCCGCUCGGGGACAUGCGCGUUGUUUUGCGGUCACUGAGACUGCUCGAAGACGAGCCUUGGCCGCAUGACCACAGUGAUCCACGCGCGAGCAUCAGCUACUUCGACGCUUUGCUGGAUUACAGCGAGGCGAUUAAGGCUGCAGCCGCAGCAGCGAGGAAACGUCGCGCACAACGCUCGCCUUCGCGCGCCAACGUCCCGGACAGCCCUCAGGCAGAUGACGCCUCAUCACCAGAGGCGUACAAGACUACGAUUAUGACAUUUUCCUGUAGUUAAAUUUACCAUAGAAGUCAAGCUAGUUGUGUAAAAAGUGCGCACUACAAAUUGUUCUAAUUUAGUGCAGAGUUGUCAUUGUAAAUCGAAUUCCAAUUUGAGUGGCAUAUCAUCUUUGAUUAGCACACUUGUUUUCAGUCGUGUAGCAGGAGCAGCAGUCGUGUGCUGAGGAAUGAUGCAAGAAACAUGAACAUCGCUAAUGUUUAUGAGGAAGCAGACAACUCGUAUUUGGAAAUCUGGGUUGAGAUGGCGGGUCUAGGACGCGUCUUCAAGCUCACAGAGGGGAACCUCAACGCUUUACCAUAAGAAAGAUUUUUCUGUCUGCGAUGCGGGCACGUGAUCCGCUGAUCGAGAGAGAGGAGAAGAGGAGGUUGGAUUGGGAUCGUUGCUGCCAGCAACGCGAGAAACUGAACCAGUUCGCAUUCGACACGUUUGCACUUACUUGCAGCCGGUUAGGGGAGCUAUUCCUAGCGAAGAGUUACCAUCGGUCUUACAACAUAAACUUAGAGGCGCGACAUGAAGAAAGUAAGUAGGUAUCACACAACAGUUCCACACAGCAGAGUUCGAUGAAAUAGUAUCAAAGCACCAGUAAAUCAAGCUACUUCUGCUGUCUCUUUGUAUACUCAUCAACUGACUUGAAAAACCUAUCUAAGACCAUUACAAAUACUAGUUCGACUAAUACCGGGCGUUCAUGCAGACACCCACGCGUUCUCAUAUCUUGUCAGAACUAUAAUGUAUAGUAUUAAUAUGAGUCAUGAGAAUGAAAAAAUACUGCCUCGAGAGGUAGACCACAAACAUUAAGAUUUCACUGUAAUAACAUCUUAAUCUUCAAGUUGUAGACCCCUUGCUCUUGCAUCAAAUACCAACAUGUAACUCGCUCUUGAGCAGAACUUGCCGCCCUGGUUAGUCUACAACUUACGACAACAAUGGUCGGCUGCCUUGUAUGUUAGUUCGUAUAAGUAGAAAAUGUUCAUGAUGAAGAACCACAGCCUUCAUAGGCAUUUCACCAUGCGCAUGCAUAGAACGCAACUCGGCUUCAAAAAACACACAUGAAAAAAAUUUACACGAUAGAUGUACUACUUGGC